AGUCUUACCAAUAAGUCGAAAAAGUAAAACAUUCAUGAUCUAUUAGAAGUACUACAUUUUAGUGUAUUUUUUAGUGUUUUACAUAUUUAAAUAAGAUUUUAAAGUAGAAAAAUGACGGAAAAUCUGAAAUUGGACAACGAUGAUCACGAAUUGGUUUUGGGAGAUACGUUUAAUCAGAAUUCCCAUAAGAAGAUUCAUUCCAUACGAUAUGACUUUAAACCUGCAUCAGUGGAUAUGUCACAAUUGGCUAAAUUUGAAGUGGAUGGAAAAAAUUCCGUAUCAGUGACCGUUCCUAAUUCAGUCGGAUCAAAUCAACCAUAUACCGUCUAUAAGGGAAACAAACGUCCAACGAAUAAAGAAUGCGUUUUAAUUAUAGAUCACCAUACUGGAGAAUAUAAAUUGGAACGAUUAUGUAGUCAUGUUCAAUUGAAAAAGACUAGGAUGGAAACUCAAUCAAUAAAACGAAGCAGUCACAGCAAUAGCAGCAAUGAUCAUGCGAAAAAAUCUGAAUUAGCAAUAGUACCAACUUUAGAUUUAUCAUCGUCCAGUGAUAACGAAAGUGAUUCAGAGACUUCACCGCCUCCAUCUUUCCUUACAGGUGGAAUGAACUCAAAAACUUCUCCAAAAGCGAACUCAAAUUCUGCUAGCUCUUUUCAACCCAACAGUAUUAGUCUUUGUAAUGACCUACGAUUAAGUGACUCUAGUGACUCUGAUUAA